CUGGGCACCUGGGCGGGGGCUGGGGAGCUCCUCCCCGCCGCAGCGCGCAGAGCCGGGAGCGGGGGCGAUGCCGCCCGCCCGGGGCCACGAGAAAUUUAGUCCUGAAGAAAAUGCUUCCUUCUUUAGUAAGGUAACAUAUUCCUGGUAUAGCAGAGUAAUUACUUUAGGGUAUAAGAAACCACUGGAGAGAGAAGACCUGUUUGAACUGAAUGAAAGUGACUCACCAUACACUGUAUGUCCCAAUUUUGAAAAGCAGUGGAGGAAGGAAGUCUUAAGAACAACAAAAGGACUGAAGGCUCCUUGCAACAAAGAGGUGCCAUCUAAAACAAGCUUGCAUAAACCAUGUUUGCUUUAUCCAUUAUGGCAAACAUUUAGAUAUUUAUUAAUAAAAGUUGGCCUUCUAAAAGUGGCAGCUGAUAUUCUAGCAUUUGUGAGUCCACAAAUAAUGAAAGAAAUGAUUAAUUUGUACAAAAACCACUCUGAUUUACACUGGAAUGGAUAUAGAUACGCUCUUGCUCUUCUUCUUGUGGUCAUCUUGCAGACUCUCAUCCAUCAGCUAUACCAGCGCUUCAACAUGCUUACCUCUGUCAAAAUAAAGACUGCAGUUGUUGGCCUGAUAUACAGAAAGGCCUUAACCUUAGCUAACUGUGCUCGGAGAAAAUACACAAGUGGUGAAAUUGUUAACUUGAUGUCCUCAGAUGCCCAGCAACUAAUGGAAAUGGCUGUAAACCUCAACCUUCUCUGGUCAGCACCAUUUCAGAUCCUGAUGGCUAUUAUCUUUCUCUGGCAAGAACUGGGCCCAUCAGUAUUAGCAGGUGUUGCAGUGCUUGUUUUGGUUAUACCUAUAAAUGCUUUUGUUGCUGCCAAAGUAAAAUGUCUGAAGAAAAGCCAAAUGAAGACUGCAGAUCAACGGGUUAAGCUACUAAAUGAAAUAUUACAUGGAAUAAAGAUUCUCAAACUUUAUGCAUGGGAGACAUCCUAUCAGAAGAAGGUUAUGGAAAUUCGAGAACAUGAAAUAGAUGUUUUGAAGUCAUCUGGAUACUUGGCAACUUUCUCUAUGCUAACUUUGACAUGUAUUCCUUUUCUGGUCUCUUUGGCUACAUUUGGAAUCUAUUUUCUCCUGGAUGAAGAGAAUGUUUUAACUGCAGCUAAAGUUUUCACAUCCAUCUCUUUGUUCAAUAUUUUACGGCUGCCACUGUUUGAUUUGCCAGCUGUGAUCUCUGCUGUAGCCCAGACAAAAAUUUCUCUGGGUCGUUUAGAGGACUUCCUAAAUUCUGAAGACCUCGAUCCUCAAAAUAUCGACACAAACUACAGUGCAAAUCAUGCUGUAGGAUUUAUUGAUGCUUCUUUCCGCUGGGAUGAGAACAGCACACAAAUUUUAAAUAAUCUGAAUGUGAGGAUCCCAGAAGGUGCCUUAGUUGCUGUUGUUGGACAAGUUGGAUCUGGAAAAUCAUCUUUCCUUUCAGCUAUUCUGGGAGAAAUGGAGAAACUGGAAGGAACAGUCCAAAGAAGGGGCUCCGUGGCCUAUGUUUCCCAACAAGCUUGGAUUCAGAAUUCUAUUUUACAGGAAAAUAUUCUCUUUGGCUCAGGUCUAAACAAGCCAUAUUAUGAGAGGGUUUUGGAAGCCUGUGCUUUACUACCAGAUUUGGAGCAAUUACCAAAUGGAGAUCAAACAGAGAUUGGAGAAAGGGGAGUUAACAUAAGUGGCGGGCAGAAGCAAAGGGUGAGUCUGGCUAGAGCUGUUUAUAGCAACGCGGACAUAUAUCUUCUGGAUGACCCUUUGUCAGCUGUAGAUGUACAUGUUGGAAAACAUCUUUUUGAAAAGGUUAUUGGGCCCUCAGGGCUCUUAAAAAACAAGACUCGUAUUUUAGUGACACACAGCUUGGCAUUCCUGCCUCAGACAGAUCUUAUAAUAGUAAUGGAAGCUGAAAGGAUAGCGGAUAUGGGAAAUUACCAAGAGCUGCUUUCAAAAAGAGCCAAUUUUGCUGAACUACUACAAGUCUUCAGCACAGAAAGCAAAAAUGAAGAAACACUACCAAUAAAAAGUGACUCAUAUUCUUUAAAAGGAGGCAGUCAGAAAAGCUAUACUCUGCCACAAAAUGAAUUCCUGGGACCUAAUGAUAGUUCUUUCUUGGAUCAAAAGAAAGCAUUCCCAAUGAAGAAAGAAAAAGUUCCUACUGGCAGUACGGAAAUGUCAAUUAUUUUGAAAUAUCUGCAAGCCUUUGGGUGGCUCUGGAUAUGGUUAAGCCUGGCUGCUUAUUUAGGGCAAAACACAUUGGCCAUAGGACAAAAUCUGUGGCUUAGUACCUGGACAGCAGAAGUAGAACAAACGAAUGACUUGACAGAAUGGAAACAGUUACGAGACAAUAAACUCGGCAUCUAUGGUCUUCUGGGACUAAUACAAGGUCUCCUAGUAUGCUACGGUGCAUACGUGAUUACCCGGGGAUCUCUUUCUGCCUCUCGAGUAUUGCAUCAUCAGAUGUUAGACAGUAUACUGCACCUUCCACUCCAGUACUUUGAAACUAAUCCAGUAGGUCAAAUCAUCAACAGAUUCACAAAGGACAUGUUUAUGGUGGAUGUGCGCUUUCAUUACUAUUUACGGACCUGGUUAAACUGUACGCUAGAUGUUCUUGGGACCAUCCUAGUCAUCACAUCUGCUUCACCACUCUUCAUAUUGAUAGUUAUACCCCUUGGAUACUUAUACUUUACUAUCCAAAGAUACUACAUAGCUAGUUCACGACAAAUCCGUCGGUUAGCUGGAGCAUCUCACGCCCCUGUUAUCUCCCACUUCAGUGAAACUCUCUUGGGGGCACCUACAAUCCGAGCAUUUGGACAUGAGGAAAGAUUUGUUAGACAGAACAAAGAUGUGGUAAAUGAGAACGUGGUUUACUUCUACAACAAUGUCAUCUCAAAUAGGUGGUUGGCUGUCAGGCUUGAAUUUCUAGGAAACUUGAUGGUUUUCUUUGCUGCAUUGUUUGCAGUGAUGGCUGGAAGUACAAUGAGCUCCUCUGUAGUGGGUCUGUCAAUAUCUUAUGCACUUAACAUAACUCAAAGUCUGAAUUUUUGGGUUCGUAAAGCAUGUGAAAUUGAAACCAACGGAGUUUCCAUUGAAAGAAUUUGUGAAUAUGCAAAAAUGAACAAAGAGGCCCCCUGGUUAACUUCUAAAAGGCCACCUGUGGGAUGGCCCAGUAAAGGAAUAAUAGAGUUCAUUAAUUAUCAAGCCCGGUACAGAACAGAUCUUGGUUUAGCACUGCAGGAGAUCUCCUUUCAAACACGGAGUCAAGAGAAGGUUGGAAUUGUUGGAAGAACAGGAGCUGGUAAAUCAACACUCACAAAUUGCUUAUUUAGAAUUCUAGAGAGAGCUGGGGGCAAAAUAAUUAUAGAUGGCAUUGACAUAUCAACUAUUGGACUCCAUGAUCUGCGCAGCAAUCUGAACAUUAUUCCACAGGACCCUGUCUUGUUUUCCGGGACCCUGCAGUCAAACUUGGAUCCACUUGGAAAGCACUCCGAUCUUGAGCUCUGGGAGGCACUGGAGUUGUGCGACUUAAAGAAUUUUGUCCGGUCUCUUCCAAAGAAGCUCCUUCAUGAAGUUUCAGAGGGUGGUGAAAACCUCAGUGUAGGGCAGAGGCAACUUGUCUGUCUUGCCCGCGCUUUGCUACGGAGGACAAAGAUUCUGGUCUUAGAUGAAGCAACAGCCUCUGUUGACCUGGAAACAGACCACCUCAUACAGUCCACCAUCCAAAAGGAGUUUGACAACUGUACAGUCCUAACUAUAGCCCACAGGUUGCAUACAAUUGUGGAUUCUGAAAGAGUGCUUGUUCUCAACUCUGGAAGAAUUGUAGAAUUUGAUACUCCCCACAACUUAUUACGUCAGAAAGGAAUGUUUUCUGAAAUGGUCACAGAAGCUGGGAUAACGUAUGAUACAGAUGCCUAGUGAAUACUCUCAAAAGACAAGAAUGCAUGGGUUUUUUUCUUAACUCUACUUACCAAGAAAACACUCUGGGAGUGUGGGGUAUACUCUAUUCUCAAUGUUAUUAAAUGAUUGUGCAAUAUAGGCGUAGUGGGCACGCUUGACAAUACAAACUCCUCAAUGCUAUAAUUUAUUGUAUAUUCAGCAGCUUUUUAUUUUUUUUUAAAGUACCAUAUUUUAUUAUGCAUUUUUACUGAACCUAGAUUAUAAUUAUAUGCUAUGAAGAUCCAAGCCUUAAAUGUUGCUUUAGCAAGAGACCUGCAGGCUAAAUAAAUCCUUGCCUUUCACAUUAGUUAAUACAUACCUUGCAGUCCUAAGUUUGAUUGAAUCUUUUAAUACAUUUGAAAUUAUUUAGAAAACAGCACUGAUUUAACUUGCAUGCUUGAUUACAGAUCAAUUUGUGAAAAUGUAUUUGAGAAUUGUACUCUGUGCUUAUUUUAAUCUGCGUGGGGAUACGGUUUCAGACCUUUGCAUGACAUUUUUUAUUUUGUAAAAUUACUUCUGAACACCCAAAUGUAAUGGGCAAAUGAACUGAUAAAAUAUUCCUUCUGACAACUAAUUUACAAUAGGACUUAGAAAAGCUCAUGGAAUCCUGAAAAAUGAAAAUCCCUCUGGGGAUAUCCAGUUUAUGUUUAAAACAUGUUUAUACAAGUCUAUACUAGUAAUGGUAGCAGGAUGUUCAAGGAAAUUACUAAUGCUUAUUCUUGUGUGUAUAACAUCAUGUACGUUUUGUUUUUGUUGCAUUUCUUUGUGGUUAAAUAGGGUGAGUGGGUAAAAUGAGGAGGAGAAGAGAGGUUCCAUAUUAAAAAGUAGACAAGAAAAAAUGCAGAAUGGCAUACUGUACUAGCUCAAACUUUCAUGCUUCAUUUUUUCUCCCAGAAGAUAGUUAGCUCCUCUCAUAGGAGUGACACAUUUUUCAUUCAGCAGUUAAAACAGGAUUCCUUCUGAAGUAACAUAACCCACCUACCUCACUGUGCCUGUAGGGGUACCUGCAAGCAGAUAAAAUUCUUCACUUGUUCAACACCAAAACAGUCUGGCCCAACCUGCAUUCUUGAAAAGAAGUUAGGUAGCUCCCCCAGGAGCUACUGCUUUUAUUGGCUUACUUCUCAGCACCUAAUUAAGGUCCCACCCUGCUUUAUUACAGCAGGGGGUGACACCUGUGGAAGGUCAAGGAAGUGUUUCUCUCCCUUCCCCUUUUGGUAAUCAAAGGGGUGUCUGCAUCUAAUCAUAGCAGGCAUACUAGGCAAAGCCAAGAAGAUCAGCUAUCCCAGUCUUUGGAAAUCCACCAGUCGAACAGCAGUUCUAGUCAUGCCUAGCAAAUUAGCAGCUUUACUAACGUAUGAAGAUGAUUUGCUCUUUCAGUUUCUCUGUCCACCUAACACAAAAGAAUAAGAGUGAAAAACUCUGCCAUUCCCUCCUAUUUUCUCUCUAACACACAGUAUGCCAAAGUUGGUUGCCAAAUAAUAGUCCGAUACAAACAUGGAGGUCUUCUGUCUUUUUAAAUAAAUAUUAAUAAGUGAAGUUAGCACCAAACUAUUAAAUAGGUAAGGCCAUGGUGGGGAUUAAUUGAUUUUUAGCAGAGGUUAGUCAGCUUAAUGCUGCAGGCUUCCCCUUGUCUUUACUAAUGCAAAUUGUUCUCACCUUUUAAAACAGUUCUCAUUUCUAAGUAGCUUGGUCAACUGGCUAAGAUCCCAAAAUGUAGUUUUUAGAAAGCUUAAUCCUGUGCAACAACCUAGGGUUUUGUGUGUAGACAAUCAAGCUGUUUGAAUAUUGUUAAGUCCUAGACUUACUUUGGAGGUUGGCCAGCUUCACUGCUGGCAUGAAGUGAUCUAGCCUUCUGACUUUUAGUAAGAAUCCUACUUGUUUUCAUCCAUUCACUAUUUACAUGCUUGAGCCUAACAAAGAAUGCAAGUGCUAAGGGCAGAAGGCUUUAUGCUUUUCUUCCGUGGUAUUUCAAAUAAAUAAAAAAGCUUGCAUUUAAACACAGGCAUUAAUGACUGUCCUUUUAUAUGCUGCACACUUACAUUUGCCAAUUCAGGGAAAUUUACUUAGAGGGCUGUUAACAGUAAUUGUACCUGCAGAAGCUAGCCUCUGAAGAGGUAAGCUACCUACUUUUCUCUUAGGUGGGGAAACAUUCCCUUGGAAGUAGGAAGCUGAUUUGCAAGAGUUUGCUUAGAAAUAAGAUGGACAAUAUUACUUGAAAAAAUGAUAAUGUAUAUUAGUUUGCCAUUUAUAAGUCUGCAUAUUUUUCAAAGCUAAGAACCACUUGUAUGGAAAUGACAAGGUAGACCAUUUUCUGUAUUGACCCUUUCUAAGAAAAUACAACUAUUUUUGUACAACUACUUUUAAGGCUUACUGCCUUAAAAAAAUAUCAGGUGAUUGUUAACAUUUGUUUAAGAAAAAUAAAAAAAAUUCUGAACACUUAUGAAA